AUCAUAAAAUACAGAUCUAACUACCUGAUUUUCCAAAAUUGUUGAAUUUAUUUUUUCAUUUGAAUUGUGGAAGGCAGGAAGGAGACGACAUUGAAUUUUUCGGACAUCAACUCUGUCUGUGUUUUUCCAACCCAACGUGCCUUGCAUGCUCUGUAAACUCCAGAUCUCAUCAAACUCCACUCUCUUCUUCCUUUUGAUUAUUCAUACACAACAACCCUUUGAUCUGCAGUUCCUGGCAGAUAGCAAAGCCUCCUAGAUGCCCAGCGAGCCCUCCUCCUCCGCCUCAUGGGACUGCAUUCUGCCGGGGCCUCCCUCCAAGCACAAUGGCGGAUCCGCCGACCUCUCCGCCGCCGGCCUCCUCGCCUACGCUGCCGGCAGCUCCGUCGCCAUCCUCGACACCCACUCGAUGCAGCUCGUCUCCACCCUCCCCCUCCCCCCUCCCUCCUCCUCCGCCGCCUCCGCCUUCAUCACCGCUGUCAGGUGGUCCCCCUUCUCCCUCCCUCACCACCUCCUCGAGACCGAAUCCUCCUCCCCGCACCUCCAGCUCGCCGUCGGCGACCGCCACGGCCGCAUUUGCCUGCUCGAUUUCCGCUCCAAAUCCCCCGCCUUCUUCUUCGACACCUCCAACCCUAAUUCCCCCAAAUUGGGCGUCCAGGAUCUCUGCUGGAUCCAGACCCGAUUGGACUCCUGGUGCCUCGCCGCCAUCUCUGGCCCCUCUCUGCUCUCGAUUUACAACGCCACCACCGGCCGAUGCUUCUUCAAGUACGACGCCUCGCCGGAGUACUUCUCCUGCAUACGCCGCGACCCCUUCGAUUCCUGCCAUGCCUGUUCCCUGGGGCUUAGGGGGUUCCUGCUCUCGGUGAAAUUGCUCGGUGACGAAUCGGAGAACGAUGUCAUGCUGAAAGAGCUCAAGGUUCGCACAGACGCCACGGAAUUGCAUAGGCUGGAGAGGGAUUCUGCUAUUGAGACUAGCAAUGGGGCGCCGGUGUCGUCGCUUUUCCCCAAUUACGUGGCUAAGUUUGCAUUCUCACCGCACUGGAAGCAUGUUAUACUAGUUGGCUUUCCGAGAGAGCUUGUGUUGUUUGACUUGCAGUACGAAUCAGUGUUGUUUGCGGCAGGGUUGCCUAGGGGAUGUGGCAAGUUUUUGGAGGUGUUGCCUGAUGUGAACAUGGAGGUUUUCUACUGUGCUCAUUUGGAUGGGAAGCUCACUACUUGGCGGCGUAAAGAGUCUGAGCAGGUUCAUAUUAUGUGUUCAAUGGAAGAAUUAGUGCCCUCAAUUGGCACUACAGUUCCUUCUCCCUUAGUUCUUGCAGUUGCGAUCUCACAAUCAGAUUACACACUCCAAGACAUUAUCAGACGUUGUCCUGACACAGAUCCCGUUGAUUUUGAAUUGGAUAAUCCUCUGGCUUUCAUUGAUGAAUCUCAUAUAAUUUCUAAAACCCAUUUACUAUCCGUUUCGGAUGAUGGAAAAGUGUGGAAAUGGCUCCUAACUGCUGAAAGAUCUAAGGAUGUUAACAGAGAUUCUGAAUGUGUGAAAAAAGUCGAUGAAACCAGUGAAGUUCCAAUUUCAGAAGUUUCUUCAUCUGGUCAAUGUACCGGGAAUAUCGUGACACAUCCAGAUAGCAUAAAUGGCAGAGAGAACAGUAAAACUGCUUGCGCUGUUGUUUCUGAUGAAGUGUCAUUUAAGACCAAUCUAGUUGGACAGCUUCAUCUUCUGUCAUCAGCUAUUUCUAUGCUAGCUGUGCCAUCCCCCUCACUGACAGCUACUUUGGCACGUGGUGGAAACUCGCCCGCUGUAGCUGUUCCUCUAGUUGCAUUAGGAACGCAAAGUGGUACCAUUGAUGUAAUUGACAUUUCAGCCAAUGCUGUUGCUGCAAGUUUUUCUGUUCAUAGCAGUGUGGUCAGGGGUUUACGUUGGCUUGGAAAUUCAAGAUUGGUGUCAUUUUCUUACACACAGGGAAGUGAGAAAAUAGGAGGCUAUGUUAACAAGCUUGUUGUAACCUGCCUAAGAAGUGGCCUUAACCGAACGUUUCGAGUAAUGCAAAAGCCAGAGCGGGCACCGAUUAGAGCAUUAAGGGCUUCAUCUUCUGGGAGAUAUCUUUUGAUUUUGUUCCGUGAUGCACCCGUGGAGGUUUGGGCAAUGACGAAGACUCCAAUAAUGUUGAGGUCAUUAGCUCUUCCAUUUACUGUUCUUGAAUGGACUCUUCCAACAGUUCCAAGGCCAGCCCCAAAUAAACCUUCAAGGACCCCUUCAUUUUUAUCCCGUGGUGGCAACCCCCCAGCGGAGACUUCUUCCCCUACUAAAGCAUCAACUGAUACUAAAGAAGGAGCGGAUGGAGCACAAGAUGAAUUUUCAGAAAGCUUCGCAUUUGCUUUGGUGAAUGGUGCACUUGGAGUAUUUGAGGUGCAGGGACGAAGAAUCAGAGACUUUAGACCAAAGUGGCCUACGUCUUCAUUUGUUACCUCCGACGGAUUGAUUACAUCUAUGGCUUAUCGCUUGCCUCAUGUAGUGACGGGGGACAGGUCAGGCAACAUACGUUGGUGGGAUGUCACUACAGGGCAGUCUUCCUCCUUCAAUACUCACAGGGAUGGUAUCAGGAGAAUUAAGUUCUCACCAGUUGUUCCUGGGGAUCGUAGCCGUGGGCGCAUUGCUGUUCUAUUUUAUGACAACACAUUUUCUGUGUUUGAUCUUGAUUCACCUGAUCCAUUGGCUAAUUCCCUUUUACAACCACAAUUUCCUGGAACACUAGUACUUGAACUUGAUUGGCUGCCUCUGCGGACAGAUAAGGAUGAUCCACUGGUACUCUGUAUUGCUGGUGCUGAUAGUAGUUUCCGCCUUGUUGAACUUAAUGUAAGUGACCAGAAAACCGGGGUGAUGAGUCCCAGAGCUCAGCCAGUCAAAGAGAGAUUUCGGCCAGUGCCUUUGCCUUCUCCAGUACUGCUCCCCACACCACAUGCCCUGGCAUUACGGAUGAUCUUACAACUGGGUGUGAAACCUUCAUGGUUCGACACAUUCAGCUCAGUCACGAGUGAGGAAUAUUCAUAUGCUGCUGGGACUCCAUCAGCUGGAGAUCUUCGUGGUUAUAUGAUUGAUUCACCAGGUGUUGGAGACUCUGCUGUUCCUGAGAUGCUGCUUAAAGUAUUAGAGCCUUACCAUAGAGAAGCCUGCCUACUUGAUGAUGAGAGAGUGAGACUAUAUUCCAAAAUUGUUAAAAGAGGCUCUACGAUGAGGUUGGCAUUUGCAGCUGCCGUCUUUGGUGAAUCCAUGGAAGCACUUUUCUGGUUACAGUUACCACAUGCUCUUAAGCACCUGAUGGAUAAAUUAGCUAACAAAUCGCCUCAACAAGGCCCACAUACAGCUCAAACUCGUGACAUCGACGCAUCUGUGUUGAGCAGGAUAUCCUCAAAAAGGAAAUCAGUGCCCGAAUCUAAGAAUAUUUUGAUUAAUGGUCAACUCAAAUUGAUGGCUUUUGACCAACAAGAAUUGUGGGAACGUGCUAAUGAACGUCUCACUUGGCAUGAAAGACUAGAGGGUGAAGAGGCCAUUCAGAACCGUGUACAUGAACUUGUGUCAGUUGGAAACUUGGAAGCUGCUGUUAGUGUGCUGCUCUCAACUUCUCCAGAGAGCUCUUACUUCUAUGUGAAUGCCCUGCGAGCUGUUGCUCUAUCCUCUGCUGUCUCCACGUCUCUACUUGAGCUGGCUGUCAAGGUAGUUGCUGCCAAUAUGGUCAGAAAUGAUAGGUCAAUGUCUGGCACACAUUUGCUUUGCGCCGUUGGAAGGUAUCAGGAAGCUUGUUCUCAGUUGCAGGAUGCUGGAUACUGGACUGACGCAGCAACACUAGCCGCAACACAUUUAAAAGGAUCUGAUUAUGCAAGGGUAUUGCAACGAUGGGCUGACCAAGUUCUUUACGUGGAACAUAAUAUCUGGAGGGCGUUGAUCCUGUACGUAGCAGCAGGCGCUCUGCAAGAGGCACUGGCAGCACUACGCACGGCACAGCUGCCAGACACUGCAGCCAUGUUCAUACUUGUUUGCCGUGAAAUCCACGCUGAGUUCCUCUCCCAGUUGGAUUCUGAGGAAGAUGAAACUUCCAAGGAGAAGGUGUCGAAUUUGCCUGGCCUAGACCCCUCAAACGAAGAAGUGAUUGCAGUUGGUGAAUAUUUCGGACAAUAUCAAAGGAAACUAGUACAUCUAUGCAUGGAUUCUCAGCCUUACGCAGACUAGGUAUUCCCCACAGCUGAUAAGGUUUCCAAACUAGUUUUCAUACCGAUAUUUGCCAGCCUGCUUAUCGCUAUCGAUAUCACCAUCAUGGAACAAAUAUUUUUCAUCUAAACCGAUGAGAGUCUUUUAUAGUUUUAGCGACGUUUAAGAAAGGCGUUUCUUGUAGUUGUAAUAUGUUUUUACCCCCCAAAUAUAAAUGGGAAUAGGAGUGUGUGUGUGUGUUGUAUACAGUAUGUACAUGCAUAUGAGGUUGGGGAAUCAAGUUUUGUAAUAGCAAUACCAUAUAAUUUGAUAUUGUAUAAUACACCAUUUUUUUGUUU